AUGACUGCCGUGUACGCCAAUGGGGGCAGCCUGCUGAACGCGCACUGCGCCAGGUGGGACCGGCGCGACAGCGUGGAGAGCCGCUGUCACACCAGAGAAGAGGACGAGGGCCAGCCCUGCCAGCUGACACCGUUCGAGAAGCUGACGCAGGACAUGUCCCACGAUGAGAAGGUGGUCAGAGAGAUCACCCUGGGCAAACGGGUCGGCUUCUACCGCAUCCGAGGGGAAAUUGGAAGCGGAAACUUCUCCCAAGUAAAGCUGGGAAUCCACUCCCUAACCAAAGAAAAGGUGGCCAUUAAGAUCCUGGACAAGACCAAGUUAGACCAGAAAACGCAAAGGCUGCUGUCCCGAGAAAUCUCCAGCAUGGAGAAACUGCACCAUCCCAACAUCAUCCGCCUGUACGAAGUUGUGGAGACCCUUUCCAAGUUGCACUUAGUGAUGGAGUAUGCAGGGGGCGGGGAGCUCUUUGGGAAAAUUAGCACCGAAGGGAAGCUCUCGGAAGCAGAAAGCAAGCUCAUCUUUUCCCAGAUCGUGUCUGCCGUGAAGCACAUGCACGACAACCAGAUUAUCCACCGAGACCUCAAGGCAGAGAACGUCUUCUACACGAGCAACACCUGCGUGAAGGUGGGCGACUUUGGCUUCAGCACCGUCAGUAGAAAAGGCGAGAUGCUGACCACUUUCUGCGGGUCACCCCCUUACGCCGCCCCCGAGCUGUUCCGGGACGAGCACUACGUGGGCGUUUAUGUGGACAUCUGGGCCUUGGGGGUGCUGCUGUACUUCAUGGUGACCGGCACCAUGCCUUUCCGGGCAGAGACCGUGGCCAAGCUGAAGAAGAGCGUGCUGGAGGGCACGUACAGUGUGCCCGCGUUCGUGUCCGCGCCCUGCCACCGGCUCAUCCGGGGCGUCCUCCAGCCCGUGCCCGGGGACAGGUACGGCAUCGACCACAUCAUCAGCGACGAGUGGAUGCGAGGGGUGCCCUGCCCCAUCCCUCUGGAGCCCUUCCAGCUGGACCCAAGACACCUGUCAGAAACCGGCAUCCUCAGAGACGAGGAGAGCGAGGUGAAAAGCACGUUGGAACGUCUGGGCAUCACAGAAGAGCAUAUUCGGAGUAACCCAGGCGGGGACGCCCGCAGCUCCAUCACGGGCGUCUACCGGAUCGUUCUCCAUCGAGUCCACAGGAGAAAGGCCGUGGAAAGCGCCCCACUCAUGAUUCUGCCGGACCCUAAAGAAAGGGACCUCAAGAAAGGGUCCCGUGUCUACAGAGGAAUAAGACACACAUCCAAAUUCUGUUCAAUUUUAUAA